AUGUCAAGUCGUCGGAUCGCAAACCGCCGUUCGUCCGCGUCUCCACUCGCUUAUGUCAGUUUCCGAACUUUAAUCCUUAAGGCUGCUUCGAGGUCCAUCAAAAUGAUAUGCUUUCAUCAUUUAACCCAAGAAAAAAAUUGGCAAAAAUGAAUUUCACCAAUGAGGAAUCGAACCUGCAUCAUAGGUUUGGCAGAACAAGGGUGCUAGCCACUGCGCCACGCUGCCUGCUCGCAGCUAAGGUCAGCCGCCGUAAUAGAUUCCCUCCUUCCGUUAUUGCGUGCAUUUUUUUAGGCGCAGAAUCAAAAAAAGCGCACUUUUUUCAACUUCUUUGGGUUCAGGGUGUCCGAAAGUACCUAUAUACCUAGUUUCAUCGUUGAUCUCUUGCACUUCCCGGGUUUUGAAGUCGAAUAGAGUUAAGGGAGUACCUUAGCUUCAUUAAGUUUGAAGGAAGGUUUUCCGGGACCUGUGGAAAGGUCAGUAUGUCCUGGAAGAGCACGAGAAAUUGCGGAUAGAAGCUUAGUUUAGUUUGAACAAACUCAAAAGGUGAGUUCUAACGGGGAAACGGUGGGAGAUUAGCUUGGUAGGAGUACAGGAUUCACAUCUGAAGACUUGGACGACCUCCCAAAAUAACUAUGAAUGACGUCAUUGCAGAGCCCGGCGACCUCCGCCACGGGCUCGACGGCCUCUGAGAGAAGCGGUUUCUCUUCCCCAACAUCGCCGAGACGCGGCGCCAGACCUCGUCUGAAGCCAGUCCUCGACCACAAAACCGUCCAACAAGGUUUUCUCGUCAUCUAUCCAAGACUCUAAUCAUUGGGCUUUAGUCUCCUCUUUUCUGAACGACUACUCGAAAGACGGCAACUUUGAGGCGUUCACCAUCAAGGUGGAUGACACCAACUACGUCGCCGUCUCGUUGUUCCACGCCGACGACGACCUUCAGAGGCUACUGACGACGAUGCCGCCGACGCCGAUGCGCGUCAGGAAGCAUGGUGCUGGUCGGUUUUGAAAUGCCAGUAACUUUUGAAUUGGCGGGAAAUUUGAAAUGAAUUUUAGCUAUUCUUGGGAAUUUUUGAGCGGUCCCGGGGGGUUAGAAGGAAAAACAGCUCUUAAGUGGACCCUCUAGGGGUGAAAUCAAGGUGGUUCCUAUAGGGGUUUAUGGUUUGACCCCUCAGCCCCUGAAGCUCAAGGGGUCUCUAUAGGGGUUUUUCGAUUUCAUUCAAAAUUUCGCAUAGAGCACAAGAAAAUCAUCGACUAGCAUGCCCCUAUAGAGACCACUUUUGCAAACUUUAGUGGCCCCCAUAGGGGUUGGUAAAGUAGUCCUGGAGGAAACUCCAAAGACCCCUAUAGAGACCACUUUUGCAAACUUUAGUGGCCCCCAUAGGGGUUGGUAAAGUAGUCCUGGAGGAAACUCCAAAGACCCCUAUAGGGACCACUUCUGCAAACUUUAGUGGCCCCCAUAGGGGUUGGUAAAGUAGUCCUGGAGGAAACUCCAAAGACCCCUAUAGGGACCACUUCUGCAAGUUUUAGUGGGCCCUAUAGGAGUUGGUAAAGAAGUCCCUGGAGGAAACUCUCCAAAGGCCUCUAUAGGGACCACUUUUGCAAGCUUUAGUGGCCCUUAUAGGGGUUGGUAAAGUAGUCCUUAGAAUUACCCCUCCAAGGGCUCCUAUAGGGACCACUUUUGCAAGUUUUAGUGGCCUCUAUAGGGGCUGGUAAAGUAGUCCCUAGAGUGACCACUCCAAGGGCUCAUAUAGGGACCACUCCUGUGAUUCCAGCUUUCAGUUUCCAUUUUCAGUGGCGUUUCCCUCGCCGGCCACGUCUACGGCCAAGAAAGGUCCCCGGCUCUACCUGAAGAACGCGGAGGACGAAACGCCUCGGCGCAAAACCCUGAAAACGCGUCGUGUCUCGACCACCACCGCCAGGUCGAUCUCUCGUCGUCGUGGCUCCAGAAGCCGGUCUGGAUUGCGUGGAAGAAGCCGUUCCGCUUCCCGUAGGACCUCUAGAAGCCGCUCUGGGUCUCGUAAAAGAUCGACGUCGCGUCGCGGAAGUUCCAGAAGCCGUUCUGGCUCCCGAACAGGGUCGACGACGCGUGCCAGAAGCCGUUCUGCUUCUCGUAGAAGACUGGCCUCAGCAAGUGUCAGAAGCUCUAGAAGCCGUUCUGCUUCUCGUAGAAGACUGGCCUCAGGAAGUGUCAGAAGCUCUAGAAGCCGCUCCACCUCUCGCAGGAGCACGACAUCGGGUCGCCGAAGCCGCUCCAUCUCCACCGCCCGUUCGAUGUCGCGUCGUCGCUCCACGGCCCAAACUCGCAGAAGCCGCUCCAAAGAACGCAAGCCCAUCUCGCAGAGUGAUGCUCCGCGACGUCAGAAGAGCCGUUCAACCUCGCGUCAGCACCGCGGCAUCGCUGCGCGCAACACCGAAUCGCGUCGCGCCGUCCGCAAACGUGGCCGUCCCGCCGCGGGGUCCGGAUCGCUGUCGCCGUCGCCCAAGCGAAGAAGCCAUGAUAAUUCGGAGGUACAGCGCAAGCUCGACCGCCUCAAAAAACAACUCGAGUGAUUUUCGCCCUUUUUCUUCUUUCACCCUCUCGCAUAAACUUGCUUCGAUUUUAGAAUUUUUGAUUUAUUUUUUUUCAAAAUCACCUGACACAUUCCUAAUGUUGUGAGGAAAGGCGUCAAAGCUCCUGAAUUUAAAAAAAAAAGUAAGUGCGCGCUCCGGAUAAAAUAACGUCAUAAUUACACGGAGUAGGCAUGUUCUAAAACACGAGCGGUUGUGGGGCACGAGCGGCACGACCGUUACUAAAUCACGAGCGGUUUCAUUUUCGCUCCUUCGCGAACGCUUCUAAAUCACGAGCGUUUUUGGCUUAUCGUUCUGUUCGAGCGUUUCUAAAUCGCGAGCGUUUCAUUUUAAUCAUUUUCUUUAUUACCAUCCAAGUGUGUGUUUUUCAUAUUUCCACCUUCUUUUUUUCUCCUUCAAUACAAAAUUUUGACGAUCUUAUAUGCACAUUUUUUUCGCUCAAUUUGUUGAUUGAUUCACAUUUGAGGUUCAUAUAAUGGAUUUUUUUUCUAAGUUUUUUUUGCGGUCUCUAUAAUUUCACAGAUUCUGCGUAUGGCAAAUUUUUUUCUAAUAAUUUCAUCUGAUUUUCAUAUUCAAUAUUUCACAGAUUUUUGCGUAUGAUAAACUAAUAUUUCACAGAUGUCUCGCAUGAAAGUCAAUAUUUCUCAGAUUUUGCUUAUGACAAAUUAAAAAAAUAUGAACUUUUUUUCUCUGAUUCUCAUCUGUGUUUUCUUGCAUCUAGCUAGUAUAGUCAUUUUAUAAGCGCUGUUUGGGCGGAAUUAUAAUACGAAAUUAUAAAAUUUAGUAACAGGCCGCUUGCUGCAUUUUUCUGGAACAACGGGAGCUUGCUGCAUUUUUCUGGUUAUCGUCCGAAGCCCACUAUGUCGUAAGUUUCUUCCCUGCCUUCUCACUGAUAGUUUUUUAAAGCAAUUACACACCGCCCGAAGAUUUUCCGGAUGAUUUUUUGGAGCUAAUGGAUGGUAUAUUGAGGUUUUUUUCUCAUAUAAUUUGGAUGUUUCAGAUUCCAUUGUCGAACUUUCAUACCUGAGUCUUGAAGAAGGUGGGUUACUAAUUACAAGUUUUUUUAACAUGUAUCAAAAAAAUCACUUUAAGGGGAAAUCCGCGACACGAGUAUGAAUUCCACACGAUCUACAACUGA